AAUCGCCGACAUAAUUCGUAUAAUUUCAACUCUCUCAAACUGUCUGCAAACGUUUGACAAUGCACAUGGCUGCAAUGUCCGUGUCAUAGUUUGAUAAAGAUUCAGCAGAACACCUCUGACCUUUCGAAUCCCAUUGACCCUUGACCAAGCGGAACCUUUCUAUAGAAUAUUCUGUUGAUGGGGGAAGCUUGCGUUGCACCAGACAAAAAGCAUGAUGGACAUGGGUAGGUUUGGUAUGUUUACAUGUUGAAAUGUAAUACUGUCGAAUCUUUCCAAACGUUGCUCCUUUGCCUGCGAGACUUUGUUCAUAAGAAACCGAAAUCCGUUCAACCAGGAACACCAUAGGUUGAGAUAGAGAGUUAAAAGUCGAUUCCACUGUGAGAAUCAACUAAACAACAGGUUGACUUCGUUUUUACUCUGCAUUCGUACGUGUCGUUUCUACUGACAGAUUGUGAACCUUGAUUAACUGUGUUUGGAGACUUAGCGCAAUUAGUUCGGCAGCCCUUCCUAUGCAACCCGAAUGACGAAAACACAAGGAGAAUCGGGACAAGGCUUUCACUGGAAGCGCAGUGACAACUCCUUCGCCUUCAACUUCCAACCACAAGGAGCUUCUGCACAGCCUCAGACCGCAGCUCCUGUCUUGGAGACACCACCACAGGCGUCAGGAUUCACCUUUAACUUUCAGAUCCCCGCAGCAUCUGUAUGCAACACCAUGGAGGUAGCACCAGAGGCUGCCCCGAACACUGAAGAUGUAUCUCACAGCACAGGUGCACCACCAUCCUCCAAGUCCAAGAAAAAGAAGAAGAAGAAGGGGGAAGGAGGUGGUUCAGCCAGCGCUGCAAAAAUACCUGGACCUCCUCCAGAAGCUCAACAGGAGAGCUCUGAGUUGACACCAGAACAACAGCUAAAUCGUGAGCUUGACUGGUGUAUAGAACAGCUUGAGUUGGGCCUACGGACACGGAAAACCACACCAAAGCAAACUGAAGAGUCUGUUCGUGCUCUGAAGACCCUGCGCAGUCCUAAAGCUCCGCUGAUCAAGAAAAGGCAGGUGAUGCGUGCUGUUGCAGGGGACUACCGCAGCAAGAUGGAGCAGGAGAAAGACAAGCAGUUCAAGUUGAUUCAGUCCUCAAUCAGUUCAGCACGGGUAAAAACUGUUGCUGAACCUGCCCGGAAGCCCGUGUUCCACCGGAAAGCCGGACCCAAAGUUACACAAGAGCACACAACCACACAGAAUACAGAUGCUGCGCACACGCAGGCCACCACGGUGCCCUCUGACAGCACGGAGGGACAGCCUCAGGAGUCACAGGGUUUCAUUUUCAAGCCCUCUCAAGAGGAGUUCUGCUUCAACUUCUUGUGACUCCACAAGUGCCAGAACCAUGAAAUUGGAAAGAGUUCCGAAUUCUAUGCCCAGAAUCAGAGUCAACAAUUGGUCUCUCUGGCAAUGAAUUAAACAGAAUUCAGGUGAUUCUGAAUAUGGAAUUUGCUAUUAUGGAGGAGGUGGAGUGGAAUGUCUUAGAGUUCUGAAGAGAACCAUUCUGGACUUUUUAUCUUAUUUCCUGUGUUUGUGCCAGAGCCAUGUAUGUGUGCGUGUGAAUGAAUACUCAAACACUUGCAUGUGGACUGAGACUUUUAUUUUUGUGACCUAAAACAAUUUCAUCAGAAGAAUAAACAGAAUUCUCCAACACUA